AUGGGUGCCGUGAGAAGAUCCAAGACGAAGCGUAGGACUAGAGACUAUGAUCAGGUCCGCGCGGACGUCGAUAGCCCCAAGCAUCUCGCGCAAUACAAAGCAACGAAGGAUGCAGAAGAUCUCCCAGGGCUAGGAAAACAUUAUUGCGUUGAAUGCGCAAAAUGGUUUGAAAGCGAAUUCAACUUGGUUGCCCACAGGAAGGGCAAGAACCACAAGAGAAGACUUCGCCUCCUACGUGAAGAGCCUUACACACAAAAGUCCGCCGAAGCUGCUGUAGGCUUGGGUACAGAUAAUGGCAUUCGACCAAAGGAAGCUGAUAUCGACAUGGAAUCCUAA